CCUUUUUUGUUGUUGUUCAACCUCUCUUUUCCCUUAAUUGGAAACGUAAAAUCUUCGUUUUAAGUUUCUUUUUCUUGUUUUUGUUACCGGUCAACUUAAUAAAAUAAAAAAGAGUAAGUUUAUAACUUUAUAUUCAAAAUUUCCAUGUUUUAAUGAAAAUCACGUAACCAUCACCGUUUCUCUAUAAAUUAAAAAAACCCCAAACCCUUUUUCGCUGGAUCACAAACAAACAAACAAACAAACAAUCUCUAUACACAUAUCUCUUUAAUCCUUUUUCUUAAUCUUUUGUUAAACUCGUAAAACGAUGAUGGCUAAGAACGUUUUGGUAACCGGCGGUGCUGGAUACAUCGGUAGUCACACGGUGCUUCAACUGCUCAUCGGCGGUUACUCCGCCGUAGUUGUCGAUAACCUCGACAAUUCCUCCGCCGUCUCUCUCCAGCGUGUGAAGAAACUCGCCGCCGAACACGGAGAACGCCUCUGCUUCCACAAGGUGGAUCUUAGGGACAGGCCUGCCCUUGAAAAGAUUUUCUCAGAGACAAUGUUUGAUGCAGUGAUACACUUUGCUGGAUUUAAAGCAGUCGGUGAGAGUGUAGAGAAGCCUCUGCUGUAUUAUGAUAACAAUGUUGUUGGGACUAUUACGCUUUUGGAAGUAAUGGCUCAACACGGCUGCAAAAAUCUUGUGUUUUCAUCAUCAGCCACUGUGUAUGGUGCACCAAAGGAAGUUCCUUGUACAGAGGAGUCUCCAAUUUCUGCAUUGAACCCAUAUGGACGAACAAAGCUAUUCAUUGAGGAAAUCUGCCGUGAUGUGUACCGUUCUGAUUCGGAAUGGAAGAUCAUAUUGCUUAGGUAUUUCAAUCCCGUUGGUGCACAUCCUAGUGGUGACAUUGGUGAAGAUCCUCGUGGUAUUCCAAACAAUCUCAUGCCUUUUGUUCAGCAAGUCGCUGUUGGAAGAAGACCUCAUCUCACUGUCUUUGGAAAUGAUUACAACACAAAAGAUGGAACAGGGGUUAGAGAUUACAUUCAUGUUAUUGAUUUAGCUGAUGGACACAUAGCCGCUCUGCGUAAGCUAGAAGAUUGCAAGAUCGGUUGUGAAGUGUACAAUCUCGGAACUGGAAACGGAACAUCUGUUCUUAAAAUGGUUGAUGCCUUUGAAAAAGCAUCCGGCAAGAAAAUCCCUCUGGUGAUUGCUGGACGUCGUCCUGGAGACGCUGAAGUUGUUUACGCCUCAACGGAAAGAGCAGAAACUGAAUUGAAUUGGAAGGCCAAAAACGGGAUUGAGGAGAUGUGCAGGGACUUGUGGAACUGGGCUAGCAAUAACCCUUAUGGAUAUGAUUCAUCUGAAGUCUGAAGAUUCUUUAUUGACACAAUUAAUGAAUUGUAGAACUUAUUUGUUUACCUAUUUUAUAAGUUACAAUUGACAGAAAAAAGAACAUAAAGAGUCAGAUUAUAGGAAAAUAUUGGGGGAAGUUGUGUAUUAGUAUUACUAUUAUCAUAAUUCUUACGAUUUCAGUCGAUCAAUUUAUACAUUCAGACGGUGUAAUAUUUUUUUUUUCCUGAGUUGAUGCAAAAACGUUAGACAAAAAAUGAAUUCAAAACUUAAUCCGG